GUUGGCCCAACAUUUGGACCACAGUCGAAUUCCAGAGUCUAAGAAUGAAUUUAUUCCUAAAUAUUCCCACUUUCAAGGGACUUGUUCCCUUUCCAUUAUUUUUCCUAUGUAUCACAUAUUCUAUUGCUGGGUUUGUUGCGGACCCACCGUUCUAUGCACAAACAUACGUAGGCGACACGAUUCCUCUCCCUCGCCAACUGGAAGUUGACCCAUUUGGCGACAUAAUUGUUUCCACGAGAGAUCAAACGAGCAAAAUAUUCCUCCUCUACGAAAUCCCGAAUAAUGGAAGUGUCGAAGUCGUCCAACUUCUCCUAUUAGAUGCACCCAAUUCCAAAUUCGGUCACGGUAUCGCUUACCACUCUGGGUUGCUUUACGUUUCAAACUCUACUCACAUCUUGCGGUGGCCGUACACUCCAGGAGCCAGGGUUCCUCUCCAGUUCGACGAUGGGGUUGUCGUUGUGGGUGGAAUACCUGGAGAGGGAAUUCCAGGGGUCGCUCAUUUCACGAGAACCAUGGUUUUUGACGCAGAAGGCCGACUUUACGUCUCAAUCGGGUCAGGUACUGACCUCGACGAUGGUUUCGUCCCUGACCGCGCGGUUAUUAAAAGAUUUUCGAAUUUAUCUCAAGUUCCAAUCAAUUAUCAGGACGGUGAGAUAUUUGCGACCGGUGCCAGAAAUGAGGUUGGGCUUACGUUUGACCCCUUAAAUCGACUUUGGGGAGUAGAAAAUAGUGCAAACUUGUUAAAUCGGACAGAUUUGGGAAAUAACACAUGGAUCGGCAAUCCAGCCGAAGAGCUUAACUUGUUUGACGGAGAGGUCGGAAGUCAUUACGGUUAUCCACAUUGCUUCAGUACAUACGACUUGCCGGGUUGGACGCCCAACACGCAGCUUCUUUUUGACCCGUUUCUGGAUAACGAUUCUGUUUAUAAUGACGCUUGGUGUGGAAACGUGACAAAUAAUCGCCCACCUGCUCUGGCCUUACCAGCACACACGGCUCCCCUUGAGCUCAAGUUUUAUCAGGAUCGUGUAAACUGUGGAAUAUCAGGGGCAUUUCCAUGUUCCAUGAUUUACUCCGUCUUUGCGACUUUCCAUUCAGGCUCGUUCCUAGGACAACCAACGCCUCUAGGAAAUCGGGUGGGGCUUAUUCGCUUCAACACAUUGACGAUGAUGCCAACAGGCCAGAUUGAUGAGACGAUUGUGUAUGAGGAACAUUUGGAUAGUAACAAUGCUUGUGUGCCCGACUGCUUUAGACCUGUUGGACUCGCAUUUGAUACGAAGGGGCAUCUCCUCGUUAGUACAGAUUAUGGAAACAAAAUUAUUAAGGUGACGUAUGGACAACCACCGCCACCAAUUUCGAAAUGGACAAUAAAAGAGUAAGGAAGUGGUUAAA